GGAUCCCACACUCCUGUGGAUCAGAUGUCGUGAACCGUUUCUGGGCUGAGCUGGUUUUUCAGUGCAUCAGGAGGCGUGGAGCACCAAGUGUCCGUCAUGUCCGACUGGGUGCUCCUUGGGCUGAUUGCCGCGCUGGUCGUGCUGCUGCUGCUGACCGUCUUUGGUUUCGUUGUCUACUCGGGGCUCUUCACGGAGGUGGUUGUGAGUGCUGGCUCCCCGCCUGUUGGCAACAUCACGCUGGCCUACAAGUUCAGGGUAGGCGCAUAUGGUGAAUCCGGGCAGCUCUUCACGGAUGGCUGCAGCAUCUCUUCAAAGCUGUGCUCCAUUGGUGUCUACUACGACAACCCUCACACGGUGCCUCCGGAGAAGUGCCGCUUCGCCAUAGGCCGAAUCCUGAGCGAGGGAGAUGCAAAGCCGUCGGAAGAGCAGAUCAAGCGGUUCCAAAAGUAUGGCUUCAAGAUCUUCUCCUUCCCUGCUCCCAGCCACGUGGUCAUGGCAACCUUCCCGUUCACUACGCCAUUGUCCAUCCAUCUAGCAGUCAACCGUGUCCACCCAGCCCUUGACACUUACAUCAAGGAGAGGAAGCUGUGUGCCCACCCCCGGAUAGAGAUCUACAAGGAGGACCGCAUCUACUUCGUGUGUCCUCUUGCUCGCCAAGGGGACUUCUACGUGCCUGAAAUGAAAGAACUGGAGAGAAAGAGCAGGGCUGCCGCAGCUGAGGCCGAGGACUCCCGGACAGAUAUCACAGGGGCCGACACCAUGAGUGAGACGAGCUCCAUCAGCAUGGAGGCCACAACUGACAGCAGAGACACCUCGGUGGCCACCUCCAUCCUGCUGCCCUUCCCAGCCAGCCGUGGCCGGGAGGAGGCAGACAACCGCAGCGAGCACAGCUACAGUGAGUCGGGAGCCAGCGGCUCCUCCUUUGAGGAGCUGGACCUGGAGGUCACCGGGGAUGGGGAGGGAGCCCCAGGUCUGCUGCCCGACGUGGGCUGCGCGGCCAACCAGGAGGUCACAGACAAGUGGACCAAGGAGCCCAUCGCUGCUGAGAGAGGAGAAGAGUGAAGCGGAGACCUGGCUGCCUCACCUCCUGCCGGG